GCCGCUGCGGGAGCCGGAGAUAAAUUCACAGACCGGGAUUGCGGGGUGAAAGGGUUCUGAUAGAUUCGGUUGCCCUCCACCACCGGACUGGUACCGUUCCACACGCCUCCCUGGUUCCUCGCAGCCUGGCCAGAGGAACGUGGUGUGGACGUUUUGGAUGUUUGCCAAUCUGACAGAUGGAUUUGUGGACGCGCAGAGCUUGUGGAAGGGCCGAGUUCCUGUUGGCAGAGAAGGGUCGCAACUGAGCCAGGCCGUGUCUCCGGGGGGGCUGCCAGGCUGCCCGGGUCCCCGCCUCGCCGCCAUGGGCCGCCCAGGCUGACCGGCCACUUCCUGCUGGAGUCUCCUGGUGUCAUCUGGGGAGAACAUGUCCAGGGCCCCUGACCGCCUGCUGCGGCUGCUCCGGGGAGCCCCAAGGCAGCGGGUCUGCACCCUGUUUAUCAUCAGCUUCAAGUUCACGUUUUUCGUCUCCGUCAUGAUCUACUGGCACAUUGCAGGAGAGCCUGGCGGCCAAAGGGAAUUCUCUAACCUGCCUGCCGACGUCCCCUGCCCCCACUUGGUGGCCCCUACGCUGAUCCCCAGCGCCCCGCCUCUGGGCAACAUCUUCUUCCUGGAGACCUCGGACCGGACCAACCCCAACUUCCUAUUCAUGUGCUCAGUGGAGUCGGCGGCCAGGGCGCACCCCGAGUCCCGGGUGGCGGUCCUGAUGAAGGGGCUGCCUGGCGGGAACGCCUCCCUGCCCCGGCACCUGGGGCUCUCGCUCCUGGGCUGCUUCCCCAACGUCCACAUGCUCCCGCUGGACCUGGAGGAGCUGUUCCGGAACACGCCGCUGGAGGCCUGGUACGUGGCCCGGCGGCGCCGCUGGGAGCCCUACCUGCUGCCCGUGCUCUCCGACGCCUCCAGGAUCGCGCUCAUGUGGAAGUUCGGGGGCAUCUACCUGGACACGGACUUCAUCGUCCUCAGGAACCUGCGGAAUCUGACCAACACGCUGGGCGCUCAGUCCCGCUACGUCCUCAAUGGGGCCUUCCUGGCCUUUGAGCGUCACCACGAGUUCAUGGCGCUGUGCAUGCGUGACUUCGUGGCCCACUACAACGGCUGGAUCUGGGGCCACCAGGGCCCGCAGCUGCUCACGCGGGUCUUCAAGAAGUGGUGCUCCAUCCGCAGCCUGGGCGACAGCCGCGCCUGCCGCGGGGUCACCACGCUGCCCCCUGAGGCCUUCUACCCCAUCCCCUGGCAGAACUGGAAGAAGUACUUCGAGGACAUCAGCCCCCAGGAGCUGCGCCGGCUGCUCAGUGGCACCUACGCUGUGCACGUGUGGAACAAGAAGAGCCAGGGCACGCGCUUCGAGGCCACGUCCAGGGCGCUGCUGGCCCAGCUCCACGCCCGCUACUGCCCCACGACACACGAGGCCAUGAAGAUGUACUUGUGAGCGCCCUGUCGGGCCGCCCCCACCCCCUGCACCCCAAAGGGUAUCCUGAUGGAGAAGGGUCAUCUUUCCCGGGGAGGCUAGA